UCCUGAUGUAGACAACGAUGUGCAUUAUUUUACUGAAGGUUAUUCACGAUGUUGAUUGAUCAGGUGACAGCUUUAAACAUCCACCAGAUGGCGCUGAAGGACGCAACACUUUUCACAUCGCUUUCAGGCAUCGCCUGUUUAGCAGGUGCAUCGCUUGUCACGGCAGCUGCUUGAUGCUAUAUAUUUAUAUACAAAAUUCAAAUAAACAAUCGUAAAUAUAACCCUUUAAGAAGCACGAAUCUACACUGAGCGUCGCCUGCCAUUCGUGACAGCCGUAAUGUGCAUUUCAUUGUUGACUGAACUGCAGAGAUCAAACAUUUGGCCAAAGAAUGGACCACUAUGGAUGUUUGUUUCCCUUGCGCUCAAUCCUGCUCGUGUGAAACUCAAACUGCAUAACAAUUGGAAAAGAGCUGAUACUGAAAUGUUUAAAACCAGAAAUACCAAAACAAAACAAGACAUCGAGGCGAUAUAAACUGCGCCCUCCUGCGGCUAACAAGCGACCUCCGUUUGAGCCCUCCGAGUCUCCGUACUAAAGAAAACCUGCCUCCCUAUGCCUUUAUUCGCACACCCAUCAUCUCUCCUCGCCAAAAAACACAGAACGGACAGAUGAAAAUACACGGCAAAAUAUUUAGUAUCAUCACUGGAGUGUACGCUGCUGUCAAGGGCUCUCAACAACAUGGAGAUAUAUAAUAUUCCUGCGAUAUGGCAUAAUCCUUUCAUCAGUGUGCAUUUCUUUGCGAAAAAUGAAUUAAUCGGCGUUGUCUGCAGAAAGAAAUAACGCUAUCCUUCAAGUAACUCCCUCGUUCUUUACCCAUAUUAUGAUACAACUAACUGUAUUUAACACAGAUGACACAUUUACAGUUCUUCUGAAAUAGACAGUCAGCUGAAGUGAAUACAACAAAGAUGAUUCCCUUAUAGAGGAGCUCCCUAGCUUUCAAAGGAUCAAGGUGAUAUUAGUAAAUUGCAGUCCGGGAGGUUUCAGCGGUGUGGAGAGGUGACGUUGACCGGAUGUGUGUAGCGGAGCGUGCCGUGUGGCUUUGACCAUGAGCCGGCUGAUGUUGGGCCGGACCCUGGAGCGGAUCUGCAAGGCUGUGCUGUUGCUCUGCCUGGUGCACUUCCUCAUCAUGAUGAUCCUCUACUUCGAUGUCUACAGCCAGCGCUUCGACAUCUUCAGCCGUUUCAACAACGGCCGUGGAGCGAACAGCUCACGAGGACCACACCACUACUACUAUAAUUUCUCCAGCGGAAGGCCCAACACUACCUUUGCAAGCUACCUGGCUACAGCUGACCAUCUUCUGCCCAGCACCAAGCCAGAGGUCAACCACACACCGCCGACCCCUAAGCCAUUACCACCAUGUCCGGAAGCACCUCCUGGCCUGGUGGGACGUCUCCUCAUUGAAUUCAGCUCCCUGAUAACCCUCGAGCGGGUGCAGAGAGAGAACCCUAAUGUGACAGAAGGGGGUAAAUACACUCCUCCGGACUGCCGGCCAAGACAAAAGGUGGCCAUCAUCGUCCCAUUCAGACACAGAGACAACCACCUUAAAUAUUGGCUUCACUACCUGCACCCAGUCCUGCGCAGACAGAAGAUCGACUAUGGGAUCUUUAUCAUCAACCAGCUUGGCGAGGACACCUUCAAUCGGGCCAAGCUUCUCAACGUUGGCUACACGGAGGCUCUUAAAGACGCAGAAUAUGACUGCUUCAUUUUCAGUGACGUGGACCUGAUCCCUAUGGAUGACCGGAACCUGUACCACUGUUAUGACCAGCCCCGUCAUUUUGCCAUUGCCAUGGACAAAUUCGGCUUCAGGCUACCUUAUGCGGGGUACUUUGGAGGGGUGUCCGGCCUUAGCAAAAAACAGUUCCUCAAAAUCAAUGGCUUCCCUAAUGAGUACUGGGGUUGGGGAGGUGAAGAUGAUGACAUUUACAACAGGUAA